UGAAGAAAAAAGAUGUAAUUGUGAUAUUUGUUAAUUUGUUGGUGCUAUCCUUAGUCAUUUAUAUUUAUCAUAUUGUUCACGAUUUGAAAACUAUGCUUUCAAACGAAAGGUUAUGCAUACUAAAAACAUCUUCAAAGACUGAUUUAACUAACGGUGAUGUAGAUGACGUAUAUUUUGACUUUUCCAAAAUGAAAAAUUUAAAUAUUAGACAUACCAGAUCAACCAAGUCUACAAAAUUUCAAAAUAUGUCCUUGUUCUACUUGGCUCAACCAAAUAUAGAUUUUGAACAAAAUGGUAUCUUAGGGCCAUGGAUUUUGUCAAAUAAAAGUUUACCAGUUGACUCGUAUCCUCCCAUAAAAUUAACUUCAAGAAGAACUUUGUUAGAAAUAGUUGACCAAGGACUUUAUUUAAUUAAUAUACAGGUAUAUUAUUUGUCAUCUACUAAGAGGAACAGUUUUUCUAUCACAAAAGUAACAUCUUCUAUAAAUGAAACAUUAUCUGUAUGUAGUGCAGUGAGUGUCUCUGGAACAGAAAUUUCAUGUUUCACAUCUAUUGUAGAGUAUUUUAAACCUGGAGAAUCAAUUUUUAUUAGACUUAGGGAAAUGUCAUCUGGUAUAAACCUUAACCGUAAAGCGUCUCAUACUUACCUUGGUUUUACUAAGCUAUUGUAAUAAUUUUAUCUCUGUUACACUGUGGUCAAAAUACCACUACUCUCAUAAUUUUAAAUAUAUGAUUUUAUUUAUAUUUAUAUUACUACAUUUUUUU